AGGAGAACCUCGGACAUGUCGGACAGAGUUUCAGAGAUCCUGAGAGACGAACGUCUGUCGUUGAAUUACAUCCCAUCGGGGCGACAGCUCCCCAGGACUCCUCCUUUGACAAGUGUAAAGAAGCAACUUGAUUUUUGUAAUGAAGACUCAAGUGAGGGUCAUGAGGAGCUACAGCAGAGUGCGGAGAGUGAUAGUAGAGAUCAAGAUGACGAUAACCAAAAUAAAACGUUUGAUUUCAACACUUUGGGGAUAAAAAUAGAACCUGAAGACCCAAACUCCAUGCUGAAAGGGAUGAAGGGCUAUCAGCUGACAUCGACCGACUUGGAGUUCAUUGAAAAGAUGAGAGUAGAGAAACUUUUAAAAAAACUGAAGGGAGAUCAUACGGAGGCGCAGAGGUUGUUAAAGAAGGAAAUGAUGCUGUUAGAGCUGGCUUUGGCUUCAAGGGAGAAAGCCCAGGCUGAACUCCAAAAGCUCCCGUCCUGUGAAGUCCUCACCGAGUUGGUGAAGGUGGUCCUCAAAAUGACAUCGCCCUCGACAGAGUUAACAAACCUCGACGCCAAGUCUCUCCUGGCUAUGGUGAGGAAAAAAGAUGUCCAAAGAGCCAAGAAAGGGAAGAUGAUUGAGCUCACUCGGCUGAAGAACAUGGUGGCAAACAAGAGGAAGAAAGACGCUCAUGACAAAGGGCAGCUUGAAAAACAAUUUGCCCAUGACCGGCUGAAGUUACAGAGAUUAAUGUGCCAGUUAUCAGACCUGAAAUCUGAACUUGCACAACAAGAGGAAGUCUAUAAAGCUCUUGAAAUGCAGAUCAGCGCCCAAGAGGCACCAGAAGAAGUAGACGCUUCAGAUGACCUGCAGGCCGCUAAACGACAAGCGAAACAUCGAGGAAGGGGAAGAACGAAAGCUCUUAAAUCUACUGAAAAGUUGCAAGAUACAACAAACCAAAGUAGGUCAACAAAAAGGAAACUCGGGGACCUCCAGACCAGCGUGAAAGAUGAUCGUGGAAGUAAGAAGGAAGUAAAAAGGGAAACUCUGAAGACGACACAAAAGUCUGGAGCUGCAGUUCAGAAGGAGAAGAAAGCCAGAGGGCCACGGCAGAAAGUCGAGGAGCAGGAGUCAAACUCUCAAGAGUCUGUACGAGCUGUGAGAGGGGGAAGAACACCUCCUGGACCCGCAGCGCCGCAACCGAGAAGUCAAAAUCGAGACAAAGCUGUAGAAGCUGCGUCCACGUCAAAGCGAGCUGCUGAUGAAGCAGUAGAGGAGACACGAAACGCUGUUCUGAGGAGAUCCAAGAAGAUCGCCAGCAGGAGGGGCGUGUGUCCGUAGCUUUUAAGGUAAUACUAGACCAUACAAGUUGUAAGAUUGAUUUCCCUUUUUUUAAAAUGUCAUACAUGUUCAGAUAUCGAUGGAUCCUCUAGCGCCACCGUGAGAUGUUAUCAGUAGUUUGGUUUAUCACAUUUCUUUCAGACAGUGAUGUC